UCCGCCGAACGACGCGUGUACAUUCAUCCGGUUCUUCUUUUGCAGGACUGCCAUAGGAGCCUGUGUUGUUGCCCGAAUCUUGACUCGUGAUAGAUUGGAUUUGCCUGUCGCGAGUCUUGCUACUGCAAUUUCGGGUAUUCACCCCGCCACCACUUCCUCGACUUUCGCCUUCUUCAACGUGAUGAGCGUCAUGUACGCUCUGGACGAUCGCACACAUACCGCACCGCCUCCCCCGCCGCCGCUCUCGAUGGAUCGUAUUCCACCCCCCUCCUCCUCAUACCCCACUCCGGGCUCUGCAGGCGUCGCGUCUGCCGGCGGGUUACCGCCGUCGAGCCAUCUAGCGCCGCUCUCCACCGUUCAUGAAAAUCGCAUAUGGUCUUUGCAGGUGGUUCAGCAGCCGGUUCGCGCCCGGAUGUGUGGCUUCGGCGAUAAGGAUCGCCGGCCAAUUACACCUCCUCCCUGCAUUCGCCUGGUUGUCCGAGAUGCUCAGACUGAAAAGGAGAUUGACAUUAAUGAGAUCGAUACGUCCUUCUACGUGCUCAUGGUCGACCUGUGGAACGCGGAGGGAACCAGCGAGGUGAACCUCGUCAAGCACUCCGCCACUUCUCCCUCGAUAUCGACGGCCAUGUCCUCCUCAUACCCCCCUCCGCCGCAUAGUGUCUCGCCUUCCUACCCGCCCUACGCGCAGAAUGCCUACGGCCAGCCUGUUGGAUACCCUCAGAUGAACAAUUACUACGGUGGCAACCCCCAACUACAGUACCAGAACCCGUAUGGAGCGAAUCCACAAGCACCCUAUUAUCAGCCUUACUAUGCCGGCGGUCACAUGCCCCAGGCCAAUAUUUCCCCGGCGCAGCCUGUGGCCUCUGGCCCUGGCGGCAUGUUCACGCGGAACCUCAUCGGCAGUCUCAGCGCCAGCGCGUUCCGCUUGACCGACCCGGAAAACAAGAUCGGAGUGUGGUUUAUCCUGCAGGACCUGAGUGUCCGCACAGAGGGCUCUUUCCGUCUGAAAAUGAGCUUUGUGAAUGUGGGCAGCCAGUCCGGCGAUUCCCCCAACGGGGUAUCUGUGAUCAACCACGGCUCUGCGCCAGUGUUGGCCUCUGUGUUCUCGGAGCCAUUCCACGUGUUUUCGGCCAAGAAGUUCCCCGGUGUCAUUGAGAGCACACCGUUGAGCAAAUGCUUCGCCCUCCAAGGGAUCAAGAUUCCCAUCCGCAAGGACGGAGUGAAGGGAUCUCGCGGGCGCCACAGCGACGGAGACGACGCCGGGGACGAUUACGACUAAACCAGGGUUAUUUGCUAAUUCGGGAUACCAAUGGGCGAUGUUUUGUGUUUUUGGUUGCUUUUUGCUCACGUUCUUAUAUAUAUAUAUAUAUACGGGUCAGGUUGGACGCUGGGUUUGGUUCUGCGGUGUUGGUGAUGGGCUCUUUCAAACAGGAUGGGGGUGUAUUGUUACUAU